CUGAUCUUGGUAACUGUUCACCUUCUGACAUCAGAAACCUCUGAUGCAGCAGACAAGACUGCCGUCGCAAAAUCCCUGAUCAAGAACAUGAAGCUCCUUCCUCUCUUCAGAGCUGCGACCUGCUUCACGCCCCCAGGUCCCUCUUACUUUGUACUACAAGUGAUGAAGUUUUUUUUUCCAGAUCACAUGAGCCAGGAUGAAGGGGGAAAAUCCUGCCAGGAGCAGAGGUGGACUGCAACUUGAACCUGAUCAAGGGGAGAUACAGAGCAGCACCCUCAGAGCUAUAUAAGAAUGAGCUCAGCACAGGAGCAAGCACUUUUUCAGGUGAAGGACUCUCAUGAAUCAGCUAUGUGUGGGAAUGAAGACACCAUUUCAAGGAGGCUUGGAGCCACUAAGAAAAUGUGUUUGCAUUUCGUCAUUGCUGCUCUUGUUGUGUUACUUGUCUUUGCGUUAGCCACCAUCAUGGUCUUAGUCGUUCGGAGGACGGCACCUGAUCCUGCCAUGGAGGGCAUCGCAAAAGCUAUCAAGACAGGAAACACCUCCGAAGACUAUUUAAGAACCCUACUGAACGUUCCCACCAAGAGAGCCGCUGCGUACAUGAGAGUGUCCAAUCCAGUAAACAGUUCAAAACUGAGCUUGGUCGUGAAAGGUAUUUGUGAAGACAUUGACUGCGAGAGGGAAGAGCUGGUGAUAAGGGAACAAGGCCUCUACUUGAUCUUUUGCCACUUGAACUUUCAUUUCCCUGGCUGCUCAAACAGCCCCAUCGACCUCAAGAUAGAGCUCCUUGUGAAUGACAAAGUCAACAGGCAAACAUUAUCCACGUGGUGCGCAUCAGAAACGUGCCAAGAAAAGACUUUCAAGACCUUGUUCCAGCUCCAUUUGACACACCUGAGAGUGAAGGACCGAAUAUCAGUAACACUUAAUCAUCCUAAGUUCUUGAAUGACAUUUCGCUUCCCAACGAUAACGUUCUUGGGGUCUUGAGGUACAACGAUUAAGUGUGAGCAGCGUUCUGACUUCCCACUGCUGCCCAGACUUAUCUUUCUCUGAACAACUGUAGCCUGCUUUUACUAGGCAACACCUUGUUUUCAAUGUCCUAUCUCACUUCAUCGCUAGGGUCAACAAGGAAUGUUGUGAGUGUCCCAGAAGGAAACCUAAGCCACCAUAUGACCCACACCUGAGUGACUGCUCUGGUUUGGCUCAAGGUAGGGUUGUCAUUGGACUAUCCAGUGUAUAAACCAUCUUGCCAACAGCUCCUUGAAAUAAUAUUGUGUAAACAGAGAUUAAAACAUAACUAAAUUACAGGAAGUAUACACAAGAUCAAGACUUUUGGCUAAUGGCUGGCUGGCAAGGUGCCUGCACUAUGGCGUCCGGGAAUUUUUUUAACUGAAUUGUUUGGAGUAGCAUUUUAACGUGGUCUUUCUGAAAAACUAACAGUCAAAGUUUGCAGUUAAAACUUUCUUUAUAACUGGAGCGUGCAACCACAACUUUGGAGCAGGUCAAUGGAUAGAUCAUAGGAAACCAAAGAUGAUUAAAUUAUUGACUCACAGGCUGGUAGCUAAAACGUUGGGACAGGACAUAGGAGCUUUGGGACUUGCAGGAUAUUUCUGUGCUGCAUUCUGCUAUGGACUUUAUGCAAUUUACUUCCAAGUGUCUUCCUUUUCACUAUUUAUCCACCUUUUCUAUUUAAAUAUUAAGCUCUUUGGGGCAAAGACUUUGUACAUGCACAUUGCUCGGUCUUUGUGCUCACUUGGGGUUUGUAGACCUUCUCAUAACAAAUAUUAAAAUAGCAAUCUGGUGGUAAAUCUAGCUCCACAACAAAGUUCAUUACAGUACACCCUGCACGACAGCAGAUCACACUGGUGUAUAAAUACGCCUUUAACACCAGCACUUUCUGAAAAUCCAAGAUUUAGAUCUGAGAUUCAGACUUUCCCAAAGACAAUUUCCGACCUGGCCUCAGCUGAGAGCCACGGUGUUUGGGCAGUCUAGAGGACGAAUAUUAUUGGACUUUCUUCGGCUUACCGGAGAGCUCAGAUAAUGAAGGAUAACAGAGUCACCUCAGGACCUCUAUGAAUUGCAGUAGCACAGGCAUUUAAUUGAAAUGUGAUUCUUACAGUGUGGGGAGGGAAGUGACCAAAAUGUAACUAAAGCUAGUACCGGUUCACUCUUUUCCCUUCAUUCCUGAGAUCUUACUAAGGUUUAUUUUCAUUUCUAUUCAAUUUUUUCCCCUUGUGUAGCUGUACUUAUUUCUUUUAUAUGACUAGAGCUUGAAGAACCCUUCAUAUCAAAACAUGUAGUCAGAGAUUUAGUUUCUGGCUUUGGAAACUCAAUGUGUGCUCUACUUUUCAAGCUUAGUCGAUGUCAUCAACUGAUGUAGCUUAUCUUGUGUGAGCAUACUCAAAGUACUCCUAAUAGUAGUAACUUGCUACUUGUGUUAUGUCACCAGAAACUCAUGGUAUGUAUUGGUGAGGUUCCGUCCUACUGACCAGGUGACUUCAAAAUACACAAGAAACUUUCAAAGAGUCAUGAGCAGCUGAUGUGAUUCAUUGCUACAGAUGCCUCCAUUCUGUUUGGAUAAACAUCCAUGAAAAUACAAAAUUUUUUUGCUAUUAACAGUUGGAAAGAAAAACAAGAGAAGAAAACUAAAUCUAAGUUUUCUUUCUUUCCCCUUCAAGAAAAUACAUUUAUUUUUAUGAGUCACCUCACCCUGCCCUAUGACAUCGUAACCUCCACCUCUUAUAAAUCAUUGAUGUCUCUGAGUAGGGUUUUUUAACUCUAUCUGCUUCCACCUCAACACACACAACUAACGCCCGGAGAAGUUUAAGCAGGUCUGGUAGUCAGGAAUGAUAGCUCCUGAAUAUAGAAAAGGCAGCCAAUGAAUGAAAAUGUGCAUUUACUCACACAUACCCAUCUCCUCCCGGCUUUCCCUGAAGGCUUUGAAUUGAAAGAGAAAGACCGUUCUUUAAAAAUAAAAAAGCUCUGUGCAUAGGAUGAUUUUCUUCUAUUAUUUUCCCAGAUGGAGAAAAUCCUGACAAAGCAGUGCUAAGCUUCUCAGCCCCGGGCUUUUUGAUACCACGGGAUAAGACAGUCUGGCCUCUACUCUGUUGCCUCUGAGAAAUAAGAAUAAAUUAUAGCCAUAAAUAGAGCCCAUUAAUAGUGGGCAAUUUUUCUGUCAGUUAUAAAACUGUUAAAUAGCUUUCAGCAAAACAAGGCCCUGAGCCAAGCAGCAGCCUCCGAGUCACUUCACUCUUUUCAUCUCUAUUCCUUCUCUUAUCUCCUAGUUUUUUGAAGCAGGGCAUUUUGGACAACAAUCCUGUACUAGGCUGAUCCUUUGCACAGUGCCAUAUCUCUUCAGCAACAUCAACAGCAAUGCACUUUGGAGAACGACCCGUUCCCACAGUCACAGCUUCACUGCUCGCAGCAGAUGAACUUUUCUAUAGGAAGGUCCUCCCUCUUCUGAGGAGCAACUGAGACCUACAGCUCCUGCUCUCCACCACAAAGCUCAGCCCAUGAGCAAGAGGGCAGUACUGAAAGCACUGAAAUGACAAAGAAAUUUAGAAAAUUCCUCCCCCUUAUCCUCAGAUGUGGCAAAUGUGUGGCUUUCUGUGCGUAUGCUCUCUUGCUAACUCGACCAGAAACAGGAAGCAUCAGCAAUCUCACAAGCAAGUCUGCUCUGUUGAGGUUUCAUGGCCCUUCUCAGACAAGAAAAAAGCUGCACUCUUAAACUGUUCUAUGCUUGGCUAAGAAGCAUCUACAGGAGUUAAUAUAUGCCAUUAUUCAUAAUCUUGGUUGAUAGAAAAAGAUGCGUUUUAUUGGCUUAAUUCUGGAUUAUGUUAACUGCUAUAUAGAAGUUUAAUAGGGAUUUAAAUAGAAGUCAAGUCAAUGCAAUACGCUUCCAUCCAAGCUCGCCCGGGGGCAGCAAACCAAAAUCAGAUCAAGUUUAAUAUCUGAAAUUACAGAGCUGGAUCUAAACUUCACCAAAGCUGUGAAGACUUUGAAUCCAGGAUUGCAAUUAGACUUUUCACCUCCCAUUAAAUUGGCCCUAACCCAAACUCCUCAAAGCUCAGAUCUGAAAAUCAGGUCACAGCUAAUCUGACACAGAUUAUUUAUUUAGGCUACGCAAACGCUUGCUGAGGUCUUGGGAGUUUUGCAUUCACUUCACUUCUGGUUUUGUUUCACUUUAUUUUCUUCCAGAGGAAGGAAACAUCGUAGUCACUCAGAAAUCCUUUACUGUUCCAUAAGGCAACCAGGGUCUGUGUGCUACCUAAAAAUCUGCAGCAGUCCUAUGAUCCCGCUUGGAUCAAAAGUGCACUAAUCUUCUGCGCUCCUGCACUACCUGUGUGCACCCAAAUUCCUUUUGAGUGAACAGCAACCAGCAAAAGCCUCAGCCACUUGCUCAUACGCUUAAAUUAAUAUUAUUAUUCUUCGUAAUGCUAUUGGAUACAAAAAUUACAAGCAGCUCUCUUUGGUUUUGAGCACCGUGUCCUGCAGUUAAAGUCAGAAAGGAACCACUCAACACAAACAAUCAACUGAAAAAUGAAAUAAAAAAAGAAGCCUUUGCUUUUUUGGACCUCUAACUGAGCCUUGCUGACAGGGCUCUAAAAACGGAAGUGACACGACUUGUGUUGGGUGAGAACAGCAAAGAAAAACCUCAAAGCAAAGGCAGCUUCUGUCGGAGGAAUAACUGUAAAAAUGCAAAUUCUGAUGAGCAACACUUGUGACAACAGGGGUUGCACUCAGUAACCUCAAAACCUCUUCCAGCCUUGGCUUUUUGUGGUUGUAGUAGGCUCAGUUUCAAGAAACUAUGAUGGACUGUGAGGAUAUAGUGUCUUGGAAAAUUAUGUUGGAAUAGUGCAUUCCGCAGCAGUGUCCAAACCCACUAGUGGAGCUCAGCGGAAGCUCUUUAUAUUCCCGAUUUCUAGUUUCACUGCUGAUCCCAGAAGCUUGAAGAUUUGGGGUGGAGGAGGGUGGAGAUCAAAGAAGAAAAGCACAGCACCUUCUGAAACGUAGAUGCUUCCAAGCAGAGUGAAGGUAGAGAGCACUCAGAGUCCAAAAUUUCCACCAGGGCCAAAGCCUGCAAGCUCUCCAUGCUCAGCAUCCCUGCUCGCUGCAGGCAGCACUCACCCUCCUCUGUUGUAAGAGGAGGAUGUUGUACAAGGGUAAAGUCAUCAGGUUUUCCCAAGAUACCAUAUCCUGCAGUAUUGUCACACUAUUUCCAUUCAGCUAUGUCCUCAGCAUCUAAAUUUAGGAUCACUAUUUCCCUCUAUAGCCAGUGUGAAGCAAGAGCCUCCAGGAGGUGAAUCAGAGCACCCAAAAUAGCCGCCUAGAUAAGGCUUCAUCGGCUGCUGCAUGAGUCUCUAUUCAGUCCAGUCACCGGGUCCUUGGUCUCAACAGCUUCAUUCAAUUCAAGCUAAAUAAAAGGUUGUUUAAUCUUGUGGAUUUAAAAUUACUACAUGCUUUCUACUGAUAAUUUCUAGACACUUUCUACAGCUUCCCACCAAGCGCUGCCUGUGCAUUGAGGCUGGGUGAGGCUCUAGGGAAGCCCACAGCUCUCCAACAGAAUCUAUUUGUGAGGUAAAACACAAACAACAACUAAAUUAUUAAAUUUCUGGAUAAAAAAAGAAUAAGAUUUUCCUGCUUAGGCCUUUUGCACUCACACCUGCACCUAUUGCUUGGACUGGACUGGAACUCAUAGAGGAAGAGCAACAUUCUGGAAUUAGGCACCAAUUCAAUGCUUAGGAUUCAAAGUGACUCUUUCCUCAUCUAAAACUGUUUGGUAAAUAUUUGACAAUUUUAUUUUCAAUUUACAUAUUUUUUAUUUCCCUGUUUUUCUGUUAUUUUACUUCUUCCCCUCUUUGCUUCUAUUUUUCAGUCUCUAUUUCUACAUAAAAGUGGAUGAGGGAAAAAAUAAAAUAUAAAAUAACAAGAGGAAGAAGGAAACCAGAAAAGUGUGAAGAAUAGGGGGAAAAAAGCAAACCUGUUUGAACAGUUAAACGAGCCUAAAGAAGCUCAGACUCCAAGAAUGCGAGUGAAUAUUGUCCUAUGCAACAAUCUGAAAAUAGGUAUUUCUAAAGCUUGUGCUUUAGAGGAAGAAGGAAUACAUUGCUUAGAAACGAGAAUUUAAUGCAGUUUUUUUAAUACUUUAUAUAAAUGUAAUUCCAGGGGCUUCAACCAAGCUCCUCAAGCUUGACAGCGGCAGAAAAGCAGAACUUUUGCCUCUGGCAAGCAGAAUUGUGCGCAGUAUAGCAAAGCCUUUAUAUUUAAAGGGUAUUUUUUUUCAUGUAUAAACCCGACUGUGUUGUGAGAAAGUCCACUGGGGGCUUUAGCCAUAGACAUAUGAAAUGUCAGAAUAAUUAUGUCAUAUAGAAUGAAAUUGGUCUGUGUUAAUUACUGCCGUUUAAAUAU